AGUCCCACACACAUCCACAAUAGCUGUCCAAAGCAGCCAUAUCCCAUGUCCAAAUCUCUCAAUUUCCCAACUCUCCAUUUCUGACUGACCGCGCACCCCUCCAUUCCCAUGGCUCUAGCCAACGCUCUCAUCACCCCCGCCGUCGCUCCACCGCGAUCGGCAUUUCCCGACGCCGUCCGUCGGCAGUUCGCGCUGCACCACCUCUGCUCCACGCUUCACCGUCGAACUUCCAUCGCAGGAACAGUCACUUUUCCUAGGAAAAUGUAUUUUACAAAGAAGAAAGGCAGCGAGAUAAAAUUUUCCUUUCGUUUUUGACUGUUAUCACGUUUUCUGUUAUUUGGCAUAACUUGUGCAGUUUAAUUUGCGUUGUUAAUUAACUUGUGCAUCUCUGAUAAACUAUCAGCCGGUCUUAUUAGUAUAUAAACCAUUAAUUCAUAGUAUGUAUAAAUGCUCUGUUUGUUAUCAGAAUCAUCAAGUUCUGAGAAAUUUUACUUUCAUAAAUGUUUAUAAACAAACCAGUUAAUGCUUGAUAUGGUGAUUCAUUUUUGGGAGCACUAGUGGGUUUAAUCAUGUGUUAUGAAUCUAGAAUCUAACUAUUUGUUCAAUGUGCAAACUGCAAAGUGCAAAGUUGGACAUUUAGAUAUAUGCUUGCUCCCCUCUUAUGACUUGGCCAUAUGAAUAUCUUGUAAGACAUUUUACAGGAUUGCUGUUUCUUGCGCUGUAGAUGGUGUGGAUUCAUUGACCUUUUCCCAGGAAAUGAAUUAUGAGGAGUCUCUUCAUGUUCCAACACCAAUCGUUCAAAUAGUUCAAGAUCCUGAAAGUGAUGCAACUGUUGUUGAAGUUAGCUUUGGAGAUCGCCUGGGUGCCCUCAUUGACACGAUGAAGGCACUAAACGACUUAGGCUUGGAUGUUAAGAAAGGCAUUGUUACUACUGAGGGCUCCGUUAAACGGACAAAGUUUCAUAUUACACGACCUGCAACUGGGCGAAAAGUUGAUGAUCCUGAUUUGCUAGAAAGAAUUCGGUUGACCAUCAUCAACAACCUGAUCAAGUAUCACCCAGAGUCUAGCGCGUGGCUUGCUAUGGGUGAAGCAUUUGGAAUAAAAGCACCAGAAAAGAAGCCUGACAUAGAUGUUGCAACCCACAUUCAUGUUGAGAACGAAGGAAGUAAGAGGAGCAUGCUAUAUGUCGAAACUGCUGAUCGAUCCGGGCUGCUGAUGGAAAUAAUCAAAAUUAUGGGUGAUGUCAAUAUUGAUGUGGAAUCGGCUGAAAUUGAUACAGAAGGCCUUAUAGCGAAAGACAAGUUUUAUGUCAGUUAUAGAGGGGCAGCAUUGAACAAUUCCUUGUCUCAGGUUCUGGUAAAUUGCCUGCGCUACUACCUCAGAAGACCUGAAACGGAUGAAGACAGCUACUAAUCAGUAUCUAAUUAUGUGCCCCGAUGAAAGAACUCUUCUACCAAUCCACUAUGCAAGGACUUGUGUCGACCUUAUUUUGCCGAUAUCUUCUGUAUAUUAACCCAAAAAAACAGAGGCAGAACUCUCCAACUUUACAUAUAUGCUGGUGUGCAUGCAACAUGUUCAGUGUAACCGGCUGUGAGUGUGACUCUCCUUUUCUCUGUCAUCAAUAAAUUCGUGGGAUUAUCCUCUGUCAUUUGGAAUUCUUUCAACCUUUCAUGUUUUAUAUCUGUCUAAUUCUUCAUCACUUCUCAUACACCUCAAAAGUCAAAAGAAAAUGUCUUGUAACGU